AUGGAUACAUAUAAGAUCAGCAACAAAGAUAAUCGAAAUUACAAAUACGAAUACAUCAAAGACUUUAAGUGCAGGGUGUAUAAAGUCGAAGGAGAUAGAAAAAACAACUUUCGAAUGCCAACAGAUGCAAAAACUUUUGGUGUAACUGCAAGAUAUUUAGUAAUUCAACUGCGAGUCAUUCAGUCUGAAAAUUGCACAAUCACAAUUCAACUCGGAGAUGAUGCAGGCAACCAUUUUAAUUUUGCUUUUUCAACAUUAUCAUGUAAACGUCCUUCUUCUUCACAAAUGUGCGCAUUAAUCAAUCUCCCUCUUGUUAAGGAUAAAUGGUUAAAUAUAUGCUUUGACUUACAACAGAUAGCCGCAGAUUUUUGGCCUUCAGGCAAUUUUCAAACGCUAGAUAGCCUCGAAAUUUCGCCAGUAUGUUUUAUUCGCGAUAUAUACGCUACAAAUAAUCCACUUACACCUGACGGAAAUGGUUUAGAUUUACCAAAAUUAUAUUCUCUACCUUCAGGCAUUGCUUCUAUGAAUGUUUUAGUUCCAGAUCCAUCAGCGAAAGAGGCCAACCAGCCAGUUAAAUCCAAAAUCCCUCAGCGCAUUACUCCGACAUCAGAAUCUCGUCCUACGAGAUCUCCAAAGAUAGGAAGUACUAGAACGUCAACACGAAGGACUCCUCCAUCAACUUCGUCAUCAGACCAGAGUUUAUCCAUAAAUGGAAUUGGAUCUCAACGAACAUCACAGAAGAAAGUUAUUCCAAGCCUGGCAAAUCAUAGUAAGAAGCCACAGUCUCCGCCAAAGAUUCCUCCGAAGGAAGAAACUCCUCCUCCUCAGAAAGAAGACGAAGAAGAGGAUUAUAGUGAUGAUAAUGCCUUUGGAAGCGUCUCUCCUAGUGAUCGCUCCAAAUUAGAUAUUAAAUCAGAACUUCCUCUUGGAGAAGAAGAAGAACUCGAGUUAGUAUUUAUUGAAUCAUUAGAUUGUUAUUAUUGUCCAACAAAUCAGCAAUACUAUCAGCUGGAUGCUCAUUAA